UUUUUUUUUCGCAAAUUGCACUCUUGAUUUCCUUUGACAGAACUGAGCGACAGUGUGACGUUAGCUUUGAAUUGCGUUGGGUUGUGUUGUGUUGUCAUUACAAAGCGAAAAAGAAAAGCCGUGGAAAUUGAGGAAAAAUGUUUCGCAACCAGUACGAUAGUGAUGUGACUGUGUGGAGUCCUCAGGGACGGCUGCAUCAGGUGGAGUAUGCCAUGGAGGCCGUAAAAUUAGGCACUGCAACAGUCGGACUGAAGAAUAAGGAUCAUGCUAUUCUCAUCGCUCUCAAGCGAGCCUCGUCGGAAUUGGCAUCGUACCAGAAGAAAAUCAUUCCAAUUGAUGACCAUCUGGGUAUUUCAAUUUCUGGGAUUACGGCCGAUGCGAGGAUUCUGAGCCGGUAUAUGCGUCAGGAGUGUCUCAAUUACAAGUACUCUUACGAUGCCAACUAUCCGGCCAAUCGGCUGAUCAUGAACCUGGGGAAUAAGAUGCAGGUUUGCACUCAGCGCUACGAUAGACGUCCUUAUGGUGUGGGGCUCCUUGUGGCAGGUUACGAUGAUUUGGGUCCCCAUAUCUUCCAAGUUUGCCCCAGUGCUAAUUACUUCAAUUGCAAGGCAAUGUCCAUCGGUUCACGCUCCCAGAGCGCCCGCACGUACUUGGGAAAGCAUCUCGAUGAGUUUCCAUCGUGCGAUCUCAAGAAGUUGAUUGAACAUGGUCUCCUGGCACUCAGGGAUACCCUUCCCAAUGAACUCAAUCUGACCGAGAAGAAUGUCUCAAUUGCCAUCGUUGGCAAAGGAAGUCCCUUCAGAAUUCUGUCUGAGGAGGAGAAUAAGACCUAUUUGGCCACGAUUAGCCAAACUGGACCAUCAUCUAGGGAUGCUCCAGGUGAUUCCGGAGAUGUUGGAGGUGCUCCUCCAUCAACUGAAGGACCCAGUGACCCUUUAGCCGGAACAGCGAUGGAGUAAGUCUGGAGAAAACAUCAGUAAAAUCCUCAUUAGCGCCUCCGGAUGUUUCAAGUGGUAAAGGAUAGAGGGUGGGAAUGUGGAUUCUGUCCCAAUGGGGCUGGAAUUUGCAUUCCCACCUGGAAAAAAUGAGCAUUUUCUGGUAAUAUUUUGCAUAUGAAUUUUCAAAAUAAAUUUUGCGCCGUCGAAAAA